UCACCGUCAAACGCUCACAUUUUGUAUUCACAUUUUCUCUUUCUCUUACACACACAGCGUGAUCGUCGAUGGGGAGUUCACCGGAGACUGAGCACCCAGUGAAGGCCUUUGGAUACGCCGCUAGGGAUUCUUCUGGCGUACUCUCCCCCAUCAACUUCUCCCGCAGGGAAACAGGAGAUGAAGAUGUGAGGUUUAAAGUGUUGUACUGUGGAGUCUGUCACUCAGAUCUUCACUCUAUCAAGAAUGACUGGCUCAAUGCCAAGUAUCCCAUGAUCCCUGGGCAUGAAAUUGUGGGUGUGGUGACUGAGGUGGGCAGCAAGGUGAAGAAAGUCAAAGUUGGUGACAAAGUUGGGGUGGGUUGUUUGGUUGGAUCAUGUCGUUCAUGUGAUCAAUGUGGUGCUGAUCAAGAGCAAUACUGCUCGAAAAAUGUCAUGACCUACAAUAGCAGUAUUGUCAUAACCUAUGGUGGCUACUCGGACCACAUGGUUUGCAAUGAACACUUCAUCAUCUCCUGGCCCAAAGACCUUCCACUCGAUAGCGGUGCACCUUUACUAUGUGCUGGGAUUACUGUUUACAGCCCCAUGCGAUACUAUGGGCUUGAUAAGCCCGGAAUGCAUGUUGGUGUGGUUGGUCUUGGUGGGUUAGGUCAUGUUGCUGUUUUGUUUCUUAAAGCUCUUGGUGUUAAGGUUACUGUGAUCAGCACCAACCUUAAGAAAAAAGAAGAAGCUAUGAGUAAACUUGGUGCUGAUUCAUUCUUGGUCAGCAGUGAUCAACCACAGAUGCAGGCUGCUGUGAGUACUAUGGAUGGUAUUAUCGACACCGUUUCGGCUGAUCAUCCUCUAAUACCUUUAAUCAGCCUCCUAAAGCCUAAUGGCAAAUUGGUUUUGGUUGGUGCCCCAACCAAACCACAUGAAUUGCCUGCUUUCCCUUUGCUAUUUGGGAGGAAACUUGUGGGAGGAAGUUUGAUUGGAGGGAUGAAAGAGACACAAGAAAUGAUUGAAUUUGCAGCAAAGCACAAGAUAACAGCAGCAAUUGAGCUCAUCCCCAUGGACUAUAUCAACACUGCCAUGGAGCGUCUUCAGAAAUCUGACGUGCGUUAUCGCUUUGUUAUUGACAUUGCAAACUCGCUAAAAUCCACAUAGUUUCUUAGUUAUCGACACACAUGUUCGAUUGUUGCAUUUCGUAUUUUGGUUUGGAUUUGGAUUAAGAGUUUACUAUAUUAUUGAUGAUCAUAGAACUUUUGAAUAAUAGUGCAUGAGUUGAGAAUCAUUUGAUUGUGGAAACUAUUAUGUUUCUUAGACAACUGGGAAGAGAUGAAUAUGUGACAUGGCUUUAAAUUCGACAAGUCGUUAUGACCACUUGGUUCAA